AUGUCAUGUCAACGGACAUGUCAUGUCAAUGAACGGACAUGUCAUGUCAGUGAAUGGGCAUGUCAUGUUAGUGAACGGGCAUAUCGUGUCAGUGAACGGACAUAUCAUGUUAGUGAACGGACAUGUCAUGUUAGUGAUCAGACAUAUCAUGUCAGUGAACGGACAUAUCAUGACAAUGAACGAGCAUGUCAUGUCAGUGAACGAGUAUGUCAUGUCAGUGAACGGACAUAUCAUGUUAGUGAACGGACAUAUCAUGUCAGUGAACGAGCAUGUCAUGUCAAUGAACGGACAUAUCAUGUCAGUGAACGAGUAUGUCAUGUCAGUGAACGGACAUAUCAUGUCAAUGAACGAGCAUGUCAUGUCAGUGAACUGGCGGCCGGGCUCUGCCCGGACCCGUUGUCCUCGCUUCGCGAGCGCCCUUAUUUUAAACCGAUCUCCCUUCGGUUAGGAGACCCAGUCGACACUAGUAUCACCAAUAUUCUUUAA